AUGCUGCAAAAAAGUACGUUGAGGGCAGUGAGCUUCAAGGAGAUUUUUGAACAGCUAAAUGCCCAAUGUGAAACAGAAACAAUGGAACUUUUUGCUAUGACUGCAAGGGGAAUUUGGCAGAGGAGGAAUAAAAGUGUAUUUGAAGGGUCCUUCUUGCAUCCUAACCUAAUAUCCCAGAAUGCGGCUCAACAGCUGGAAGAAUAUAAGGCUGCCCAGCUUGGCUCUAACUCAACAACUAGAAGGAAUCCUAUUCAAGCUGUGAUAUGGAGUCCACCUCCUACGGGAAUAAUCAAGGUAAACUGGGAUGCUGCACUGUGGGAAGAUCAAGAUAAACUGGGAAUAGGCUUGGUAGCAAGAGAUCAUGAAGGUAGAAUUAUAGCUUCUAAAAAGGUGGCUAAGGCUGGUUGUGUGAUACCAUUACUGGCUGAGGCAAUAGGAGCCUAUCAAGGUGUCAAAUUGGCAUCCGAAAUGAACUUGGAAUCCGUGAUCUUUGAAGGAGACUCUCUUCAGGUUGUUCAAGCAAUAAAUCUGCACAAAGAGAGAUGGGACAACGUGGGACUAGUGCUUGAUGAUACCAGAAUGUUAUUAGCUCAAGUAGUACAUUGGCAAUUUAACUUUGUUAAAAGAAAUGGAAAUGAAUUAGCCCACUGUCUUGCAAAGAAAGCUUUAGAACUCACGGUGGAAACUUCUGAAAUGGUUGUUAUUCCCAACUGUAAUGAAAUACCCCCUAUGUAA